CCCUGACCCCGAACGGUGUAACCCAAGACUUACCCAGAUGAGACCGUUGCGAUACGAGCAGCGCUCAGAAGCAGGGUUGAAGGUGUACCGGUCACAAUGAGUGAAGCAAAGGUGCAAGUGGCAGUUCGCGCGAGGCCCUUGUCUCAAAGGUUCAGUGAAGCUAGCUAGCUAAGCCACUUUCCAGCCUAAUAUCCUUGUAUAUCACUAGCUGGCUACUUGGUUUUCUUACCUAUACUGUCUUCAACAUGCAUAGAGAGCUGGAGAUGGAAUCUCCUGUGGUGUUAGAGAUGAAAGGCAAAUCAACAUUACUGCGAAAGACAACAGAUGAUGUAAUUGUGGGGCAAACUAGAGAGAAGGUGAAUGAGUUUGUAUACGACUAUUCCUACUGGUCUCUGGACCCAAGUUACCCACAUUUCGUACCUCAAGAACAGGUGUUCAAUGAUUUGGGGAAGACAGUCUUGGAGGCAGCGUUUGAAGGAUACAAUGCCUGUGUGUUUGCCUAUGGGCAAACCGGCUCUGGGAAAACAUUCACAAUGAUGGGAACUGAGAGAGCUCCAGGUCUCAUCCCAAGGAUUUGCGAGACACUGUUUGAUCGGACAGUCAGUGGUAGUCUGAAGAAGGUAUCCUACAAAGUUGAAGCCAGUUUCAUGGAGAUAUACAAUGAAAUGGUACGUGACCUCCUGCUGCCAGCUCAUAAAUAUGCCGCAAACAGGCUUAAAGUGCGUCAACAUCCGAAGCAUGGCCCAUAUGUUGAGAGU